GUUAGCAGUUGAGUGCGCACUUGUUCGCAGACGUGGCUUGGGAGCUCUGAACCUGUGGACGCUAUGUUGCCCAACGUGAAUGAGUCGGCUACGGCCCUUUACGAGCUUCUCAUUAAAGCAAUGGAAGAAGUAAAGAAAGAUCCAUUUUUCUAUGAGACUGAUGUCCAAGUAAAAUUGAUUAAUGAAAAUCGGGCAAAUCCUUUGGAAGGUUUUGGAAGUAGAUAUGGCAUGAGAUUUAUUAUGGAGAAAGUGCGUUCAAAAGAAAAAGAAGCUGAGAAUAUGGAAGAAUCACAGUCUGAAGAAUCAGUUAUUUCUGAUUUACCCAUGAAUGGAAAUUCUGGACCACUUGCUUUACCUGUUAAGAGAGCCAGGCAGCUGAUUGGACUUUACACAAUGACACAAAAUCCUAAUAUGACCCAUUUGAAGAUUAAAAGGCCAGUUAAGCCUCUUCCUCCCUUGUGGGUAAAAUGUGACAGCUCAGAUCCUGAAAGUACCUGUUGGCUAGGUGCUGAACCUAUUAGAACAAAGAAGGGCAUCACAGGAAUUGUCUUGCAAGUGGUCACAUGUAAAGGUCCCACACCUGAAAAAAACUCUUCUGUAAAUCUUGAAGAAUUGAAAAGUUCACACCUGAAAAGACAUAAGUCAUCUACCGUAACAACCAGAGGUUUUGCUCAAUACGAACUAUUUAAAUCCACUCCUUUAGAUGAUUCAAUUCCCUUUUCAUACACUACGAUUGGUUUGGAUAUUUCAUGGAGUCCUGUGGAUGUGCUUCUCCAAACACCACCUCUCACUUCUGCUUCAGUACUGAAUAUUAAAGUGGAACCUGGAGAUCCUAGAAGCCCUUUGUAUCAUCUGCAUAGAGAACUGAAGUUUCUAAUUGCCUUGGCUGAUGGAUUGGCGACUGGUAUUACUGAGUGGCCUGAACCUACAGAAACUAAAUCAUCUGUUGACCUUGUUCAGGAAUUUCUCAAUGAUUUAAAGAGUAAGUUGGAUGGAAUUGAUACUUCAGCAAAAAAAGUCAAGGUAUUGAAAUGUGAUACUGCUGCAGUUGACGAUUCCAUUAAGUGUCUUUUUACAGUACGAGGUGAUCUGGAUUUCACUGAACAACUGUGGUGCAGAAUGAGAAUGAGUGUUGCUUCAUAUCAAGAUUUGGUGGCAUGCUUUACAAUGAUCUUACAGUAUUUAAGACGUGGGGAUGUACAGCCAUGGCUCCACAGAGGGAGUAGUGGUUUGCUAAGUAAGCAUAUUCAGCAAUCUUACCAUGGAGCCAUGGAUGUAAUUCCACUCACUGGUACCACUCCAAUUCGAAUGCUUUUGGAAGUUGGUUUGGACAAAAUAAAGAGAGAUUACAUUAACUUUUUCAUAGGCAAGGAGCUUGCAUCAAUGAAUCACUUGGAUUACUUUAUUUCCACAUCCAUAGAUACACAAGAACAAGUACGUCGUGUUAGGAAACUCCACCACAUUCUGGAAGUUGUGAUCAGUUGCAUGAUAUACCUUAAACUUCCACACGAAAUCCUGUUCACUUUAGCACAGUCUUGCAUUCUAUAUUAUAAGAGAAACCCUCUCAAUGAGAAACAUACAUUUCAGCUGCCGAUCAGACCAAUUGUCAUAAAAAACUUCUAUCAGAGCGAGACUCCAAAAAAAUGGAGAGUGGAAAUAAAUAGUGGACAGAAGGAAGUUAAAACACUUUGGCAACUAAGUGACACUCCAUCAAUAAGCCACCUGAAUUUUAACAAAGAAGAUCUGUCCGAGUCGACAUUCAACAACAGUCUUGAAGAAAAAAUGUUUUUCACUAACAUGGUUGCCUGCAGCAAAGUGCAUUUCACAUAAAGUAUGUUGAUAUUAUCCUUAACCAAAAAGGAAACUCUGCAGGCCUUUGAAACCAAAUGAAGAUGACAACACUAAAUUUUAUAUGGAAUGAAGCUAUUUUGUUAGUAACCUUUUAU